CUUGGUCCCUGCCCCAGAGUUUCAGGUUCAGUAGAUUCUGUAAUGGAACUGUCGAAAAUAUCAGACAUGACAAAGCUCCACCAGGCCGUGGCAGCAGGGGACUGCAAUUCAGUGAAGAAGAUUCUGAAGAAAGGUCUCUGUGACCCAAACUACAAGGACGUGGACUGGAAUGACAGGACGCCUCUCCACUGGGCUGCAAUCAGAGGGCAAAUGGAAGUGAUACAUCUCCUGAUACAAUAUGGAGCCAGACCCUGCUUGGUGACUGAUGUGGGCUGGACCGCAGCUCACUUUGCAGCUGAGUCAGGCCAUCUGAAUGUACUCAAAACUCUCCACGCACUGCACGCUGCCAUUGAUGCUGCUGACUUCUUUGGAGAUACACCCAAGAGGAUCGCACAGAUCUAUGGGCAGAAAGCCUGUGUGGACUUCCUGGAGAAGGCAGAAGCAGAAUGCCGGGACCACCGCCAGAGAGGGCUGUUGCUUGAUGAGCGGGACCCAGAUUGGGACCUCAAGAAAAGGGAGCUAGAGCAGUCUCUCCCUGCCCCAGAUCGAAACACCAACAAAAAGAGUAAUAAGAGAAUCCGAGGCUCCACCAGGCUCAGCCAUUCCAAGGCCUGGAGGGUAUGA